CGCUACCGUAGCAACAGUGAGUGCGCGCGCGCUACGGCACCGUCUUCUGUCACCUGUCAGCGGUCAGCUGGACCCGCGCUCGUGCCGAACAGGAUUUUCGACUGAGAGCAUUCCAUUUGGCUACCGGAAUUGAUAUGGACAGCUUGUAUCGCAGGCAGACCCAUCUCGCCAGAGGUGGGCAGAUGCCAAGGAAACUUGUAGAACUGAUGCUGCUGCUGCUGCUGGCAAUGGUGCCGCAAGCCGCGGGAUCGACACCUGAAGUGGGCACUGGCCUUUACGAGGUGCGCCACCUGGUGGCGCAACCCGACUUCCGCGAAGUGCGCCUGCGCUGGGAGACUGACGGCGGAGCUCCUGAAUCGCUCGGCUUCCUCGUGCACUACUGCGAGCUGCAGCCGUGGGGCGCGCACCGGUGUAAGGUCAAGGCGGUGGACGGCGGCGGCGGCCGGGAGGCGGUGCAGGGCGGCCCCGGGGGCGGCCGCGUGCGGCUCUUCUCCUCGGUGGUCACCGGCCUCCGCAUGGACACCAACUACACGUUCGAGGUGCGGCCCGCCGCUCCGCAGGGGGCCGCCGCCAAGGCGCGCGGACAGACCAUCGCCGUCGCCACCAGGGGCUUCUCGGCGCGCGCGACGCUGUGCCUGCCCGAGGCGAGCGAGGUGGAGGUGGUGACGGGCCCGCACUUCGGCGGCCGCGUCGCGGCGGAGGGCGCCGCCGGGUCGCGGUGCUCGCUGGACGGCGACGCCCGCAGCGCGCGCGCCGUCUACGUGCUGCGCGUGGACCACGCGGCUUGCGGCGGCGCGCGCAACGCCACCGCCGUCACCACCUACGUCACCGUGCAGGAGAGCGCCGCCAUACUGACGCACUCGACGCGCCGCUUCCUCGUCAUCUGCUCCUUCCAGCCGGACACGCUCACCGUUAGGGCCGGGAUACGGCUGCCAGUGCGAGAUAACGAGGUGGACAACGAGGUGGAGGCGUCUGGAGCCGCUGGAGACGGCGGGGCCGACGAGGGCGCCGAGGUGGCCCGCGUGCGCUCCGCCAUCUUGCCGUACGCGGACGCAGACGUCGACGCCGCGCUGCAGGCGGCAGACGUCGCGCUGGACGCGGGCAGCGGCGUGCGCGCCGCGAGGCUGCUGCACCACCGGCACGUCGUUGACGACCUGGACAUCGACGCCAGGGCUUCUGGACACUCCAACUGGCAGUUGACUCUGAUGCUGGUGCUCACCUCGGCUGGGCUGGUGGGCUGCGCUCUGUCAGCCUGGUGGUUCUCCCCGUCCAACUGCCACCGUCCACCUGAACUGGCUGACGACGGUUCAUCGCUGUCAGCGUACGAGAACUUGACCAACUCUCUGCGAGACACGGCGUCUGUGAGCAGCGCCUCCACCAGCUCUGGCGGGCGCUGCGCGGCCGCCUCGGUAUGCGACGCGGACGGCGUCAUCACCAUCCGCCUGGGAGCCGACCCAGACGCGCCGCACGCGGACGCCACCUCCAUUGCUUCCGCUGGCUGCCACUGUGUCCAUAGCGGCGCCACUGCCGCGGCCGCUUCCGCACCGCCUCGCGAGCCGUGUAUUACUCUGGAGGACGCCUCCCAGUCCGAAGCAUGAUGCAAUCCGCAGCAGCAGACAUGUAUUUCCCGCCUUCCGCACCGAGUAUUGGAGUAGGGGCAAAAUAAUUCCGGCUUUCGUAGCGAAAACUCCAAGCGAACCAAAUCAAAUUAACUGCACCAUCACAUUUUAUCUGUUCGGUGACACUUUACGAGGAGCAAAUGCAAUGAUCUCUACCUAAACAAGACGUCCAGCGCCAGACACCCAAGCCUUCCGGCC